AUGCCUUUUCUAGCUGUUCAAGUCACAGAGUUACUAGAUGGCAUCUUUCUGGGUUGCUCCUUCAACCACGUCAUUGGUGAUGGCACUUCAUUCUGGCAUUUCAUCAAUACUUGGUCCGAAGUGUGUAGAAAAGAAAUAAAAGAUAAAGCACACACCAUGGCAAGACUCAAAGCAAAGGCCAAUGCAGAGUGCAAGACGACCACCAUCUCCUCAUUGCAAGCGUUGUCUGCCUUGCUCUGGAGGGCCACGACACAGGCGCGAGAGUUAAAUUUCAGCCAGAAAACGAGUUGCAUGUUGAUCAUCAACAACAGGCCAAGAUUGAAUCCACCAUUAUCUCCAAACUACUUUGGAAGUGCUAUUCAGGCAGUGAGUGCGACAACAACAGUGGGAGAAUUACUAAGCCAUGGCCUUGGGUGGGCAGCACUGAUGUUGCAUCAAGCUGUGGCCGACCACACAGACGGUGUGGUGCGCAAGUAUAUAGAAGAAAAGAUGAUGGCACCCUCCGUUUACCAGCCAAGUGAGCUCUUCGAUCCGAGUGGUGUGAUGAUUGUGGGCUCGCCAAGAUUUGACAUAUAUGGGAAUGAUUUUGGGUGGGGAGAACCCAUAGCUGUUGGUAAUGGCUUUGGUAACAAGUUUGGUGGGGUGGUGUUUGCACACCCAGGGAAAGAGGGGGGUGGGAGCGUGAAUUUGGAAGUGUGCCUUGUGCCUGAGGAAAUGGGUGCCCUUGAGUCCAAUGAAGAGUUUAUGGAGGCAGUCUCUCCAUUCCACUACCACAAGGUUCAUCCUUCAGUCCUUGACCUGGAUGUAUGA